UGAGCGCUUACGAGGAAUGGUUGCUAAGAAACAAGUUUUGUUCAUGUUGCCGAGGCAAGGGAUCUAAAGCACUAAUGGACGAUUUAUUUAAAGAAUCUUAGCAUCUUCACGUGAGGUUUCGAACCUUUUCAUAUAAUGGUGAAGUUGAGGGCAAGAUGUCUGUUUGUCGGGGACGCAGCAGUAGGGAAAAGUUCUCUUUGUCAUACAUUCUACAGUGAUGGAUCCCUGUUCCAGAAGAACUACAGCUUGACAACAGGAGUGGAACUACUGAUGAAAUGUAUCAACAUCCCAGAGACCAACGACUCCGUGGAGCUCUAUAUCUUAGACUCUGCAGGGAAGGAGACGCUAGUGGAGAGCUGUGAGAAAAUGUGGGGGCAGCCAUCUCUGCUGUGUCUGGUGUUUGAUUUGACCAAUGAGAAGUCUUUUGCUAACUGCAGCUAUUGGAUGGAAAGAGUCCACGGACACUGCAAAGGUCUCCAGAUACCAGGUGUACUUUUGGGUAACAAGUCAGAUCUUUCAGCUAGAAGGGAAGUACAAUCAUCUGUGGCCAAAGAGUGGGCCCAAAGCCACGGACUGGAGUAUCACGAGACAUCAGCGAAAGAGAGGGACAACUGUGAUGCACCGCUCCUAAGUUUAGCCCAAGCUUUCCAUUCUCUUUACCAGGAGCGGCGAGAGGCCAUCCAAAACCUCAGCCCAGACUAAGCCUCUGCCUCUAUUUCUUCACCACGGUUACAUAAACCUAGAAGAAGCUGAAAACCAUUAAGACUUCACAAAAUGAGGAAAUGACAUUAAAAUAAUAUGAUUUUCAGAAAAGGAUGCAGAAAGGAUUUCUGGGUACUUUGAUGC